AUGGGGGAGCUGCGACGCGCCUCGUCUGCACUCUCCCCAGCAGGCGUCUUGGCCAUGCUCGCAAUCCUCUGCCUAUUCCCCUUGGGGAGCCGAAGCUGUGGUGUGACGACGCACAACGUGAUCGCCCACCGCGCGCAGCAGUGGCUGGGCGACAACUACCCUGGUCUGCGCCCCUACGCCGAGCUACUCCGCGAGCCGGCCAACCAGCAGGCCUUCCAGAAUGGCGCGGCCUUUCCUGACUGGGGCUACACGUGCCCACUGGCUGACGUCGGCUAUCCCCUCCUGCCCAACAUGAGCGAAGCCGCACAUUGGCCACCGUUCCAAACGGCGGUGGUGGAGCACAUUCUCCAGCACUACCCGAAGGCGAGUGGCGACGGGACGUGGCCCGACAGGGCGCAGAAGCUCAUCGCCUUCCUGCUGGGCGUCGUGUCACAUUCCGUGGCUGACAUCACGUGGCACGACAUCGCCACCGCCGAGUACAUUCAGCAAGGCUUUAUCCAGGCGCUGGCGGAGGCCGACUACUACGUGCGUAACAGCUCGUACAGCGGCACGGAGCACUCGGAAGCCGACGCCGGCGGAGAGUUCAUGGCCGCCUACGAGCUCGAUCUCUCCUUCCUCUCCGACACCUGGUUCUUGCCGGCGGAGGACCUGGCGCAGGUGUUCGCAGCGCUCAACUACAGCGUGCCGCCGUGGGUCAUCAGCACGUGCAACAGCGAGCUCUACGCAGAGGUGAUGGCCAUCAAGUACUUGGGCAAGGCGCUGUACCCCGAGUUUGCCAAAGAUGCGCCGUUCAUGAUCGACCACUAUCAAGACUACUGGCUGGGAGGGGUGAACGACAUGGCCUCGUGGACCACGCAAUGCUGGCCCAAUGUGAUCUCCGCGCUGGAGACCGGGCGGCCCAUUCGGUUCUGCUUCGAAGACCAGGAGGGCUUCCAGCCAUUCACCGACGGCGGGGCACGCAUAAUCAUGCGUCAGCUGCGCCGGGAAGGGCUGGCCCAGGCGCUCCACCCCUACUCCCAGCAGAUCUCCUUCGAGCAACGCAUCACUCCGGUCAAAGAGCCGGCGGCAGCUUCGCCAGUCAAUUUUGAGGCUGUUAUGCGGCUGAAGCUGGGAAUCGACAAGCUGAACGCCGAGCAUUGCGAGUCGCAGACCGGACCCGCCACAGGCUCCUCCCUCUCCUUCUCAGUCCCGAUCGGCUAUUCCUACACCGGCGAGAGCUUGGCGACGGCCGAUUUUGACGGUGACGGCCUCGAGGACUUCGUCGUUGGCGCACCGGGCUAUACCCCGUUGCAUAGCAACCGGUCGCAGGUGGGGGCGGCCUUCGUGGUCUUUGGCGCUGAGGCGACGGCACAAGGCCACCACACGGUCGAUCUGGCCGCAGCAGCCGCUGGACAUGGAGGAAAUGCCAGCGCUCCGGUGGUGUGGGCCUUUCACGGCCACGCCUCCAACGAGCGAUUCGGCGAGGCGGUCGCCGCCCUGGACUUCAAUCUCGACGGCGUGCUCGAUCUCGUCGUCUCCGCCCCGGGCUUCGGGUCGGGCGAUCUGAGUUACUAUGGGCGUGUGCACGUGUUCCUGGGCCGCAAACACGGCGGCAACAAGUUUUCAUUCUCCCCGACGCCCGACAUCGUCAUCGCCACCUAUCGCUCCUGGACCAACCUCGGCUACGCGCUGGAGGCCGGUUGCGACCUGGACGGCGACGGGCACCCGGACCUGGUGGUGGGCUCGCCCUACGCCCGCGGACGGGACCUGCACCUCGACACGUGGGAGUUCUUCACCUACCAGCGCGGCGCCGUGUCCGUCUUCCUCUCCUCCACCCUACGGCACCCCACCCAAAACCACCUCGACUGGAAGUACACGAGAUGCGGAUUGGUUCAUGGAGGGCGAGGCGGCGUACGAUUGGUUCGGUUCGGCGAUGGCCUGCCACACGCGGAAGUCGGGCGGGAGCCUGCUGGUCGUGUCCGCGCCUGGCGCGGCCGACCCGCCACCCGCCAGAGCGGCCGCGGCCGGGUCUACGGAUUCCUCUUCACCGCAGCCGUUGCGGGGGCCAGUCCCGGUGCACCGCCGCUCACCGCGCGCCGGGUCUUUCGGCUGUCGGGCUCGCGCAAGUUCGACCACCUGGGCGUCGGGUUGGCUCUGGGCAACCCCUACGGCGGCGACCACUCGCUCUACCUGGCGGUCAGCAUGCCCACCCGGCCCGUCUACUAUUAUUGGUUCUGGGAGAUGAUGCAGGCGGGCGAGGUGGUGCUGCUUGAUGUGGAGCGCGACCUGAUGGAUCGGGGCAACGUCUCUAUCGACCAACUGCGGCCACGCACGACGUUCCAGUCCGAGCAGAGCUACGCCCGCUUCGGACAGUUCCUGACCUUUGUCGAUCUCAAUGGCGAUGGCACGGACGAUCUGGUGGUGGCCGAACCGCACUUCGCCGCCGAUGCGGGAGCCGACGCUGGCGCUGUCUUCGCGUGGACCGGCGGGCCGCACUUCCCGACCGGCACAGUCGCCCCCGCUCCGGCGAAUUCCGCUGCGCUGUGUGUUCGCUCCGAAAGGCCGUUCGCGCUGUAUGGCCGGCGCGCGGCGGUGCUGGACUUCAACGGCGACGGCAAGGCCGACCUGCUCCUCUCCGGCCCGCGCGACACCACCGCCGCACAACACACACUGACACCCACAACCACCCACGCGGGCUCGGUCUCGUUGAUUCUCCGCUGA